AGUCGACACUGUCCCUCAGCCUUAGCUAUCGUUUAGUGACUUUCUCGCCUAUUUUUUACUGAUUUGUGUUUUGUGGAUUCAAGUUGAACUUAAAAUAGAUUAUAAAGAAGUUUUAAAAUCGUGGGGUUCUUAAUCAUACAGUUAAGCUUUCUAUAUCUCAUAAUGUCGAACUAUCACAAACUGGAGUCAAAAGUGGCUCAAGAAUUAAGGGAUAUUGCUAACAAGCUGCGAAUACACUCAGUACUUUCAACCCAAGCAGCUAAAAGCGGACAUCCGACAUCAUGUUCAUCCAUCGCAGAAAUUAUGUCGGUGCUCUUUUUCCAUACGAUGAGGUACAAGGUAUCCAAUCCAAAAGACCCGUCAAGUGACCGUUUUGUCCUGUCUAAGGGACAUGCUGCUCCUAUUCUUUAUGCUGCUUGGGCUGAAGCAGGCCUAUUUCCUGUGGAAGAUCUUCUAAAUUUAAGAAAAGUUGAUUCGGACCUCGAAGGUCAUCCUACACCAAGGUUAAAUUUUAUUGAUGUAGGAACAGGAUCUCUUGGACAGGGACUUUCCAUUGCCGGAGGAAUGGCCUUUGUAGGAAAAUAUUAUGAUAAGGCUAACUAUAGAACUUACUGCUUAGUUGGAGAUGGAGAAAGUGCGGAAGGUUCAAUUUGGGAAUCUAUCCAUUUUGCAUCAUACUAUAAACUUGAUAACCUGUGCGUUAUCUUUGAUGUUAAUCGUUUAGGACAGUCUCAAGAAACCAGUAUGGGACAUGAUGUCGAUACCUACCGUAAAAGGCUCGAAGCUUUUGGUAUGAAUGCAAUAGUCAUUGACGGUCACAAUGUUGAAGACUUAGUAAAGGCCUUUCAUACUGCGGCUAACACAAAAGGAAAGCCCACAGCAAUUAUCGCCAAAACCUUAAAAGGAAAAAAUUUCCCAGAGAUUGAAGAUAAAGAUAGCUGGCACGGAAAGCCCUUGGGCGCAGAGUCUAACCGUGUUGUCGAGCACCUGAAGAGUUUAAUUGUAAAUCAGGGAGCUCUGCAAGUGCGUCCACAAAAACCAUUAAAAGAUGAUGCUCCAGCAGUCGAUAUUACGAACAUUACAUUGACAAGUCCACCUAACUAUAAAAUUGGAGACAACAUAGCGACCAGAGUUGCUUAUGGCACUGCUCUUGUAAAGAUUGCGCAAAGUAAUAAGCACGUAAUUGCUCUCGAUGGAGAUAUGAAAAACUCUACAUUCUCUGAGAAUCUUUUAAAGUUUGAUUCUGCUCGUUACAUUGAAUGCUUUAUCGCCGAACAAAGUCUUGUGGGUACAGCAAUUGGAGCUGCAUGUAGAGAUCGAACAGUACCAUUUGUCUCAACCUUUGCAUGUUUUCUGACUCGCGCAUUUGAUCAAAUACGUAUGGGAGCUAUUUCACAAACUAACGUUAACUUUGUUGGUUCCCAUUGCGGCGUGAGCAUAGGAGAGGAUGGCCCAAGCCAAAUGGGUCUUGAGGACCUCGCCAUGUUUAGAGCUGUAUAUGGCAGUACUAUAUUUUAUCCUGCAGAUGCUGUCGCCACGGAGAGAGCUAUUGAAUUGGCAGCAAACACAAAAGGCAUCACGUUUACGAGAGUAAAUAGACCAACGACGGCUGUUAUUUAUCCCAAUAAUCAAGUUUUCCAAGUUGGCAAAGCUAAUGUCAUUAAAUCUACACCCAAAGAUAAGAUAGUAUUGAUUGGAGGCGGUGUCACCCUUCAAGAAUCCUUAGCUGCAGCCAAAGAAUUAGCAAAACAUGGAAUUCCAGCACGCGUAAUUGAUCCAUUCACUGUCAAGCCUCUGGAUUCUGAAACUAUCAUUUCAAACAUUAAAGCAGUGGGCGGUAAAUGCGUGGUUACUGAGGACCAUUAUUACGAGGGAGGACUUGGAGAUGCCGUUAAUGCGGCAGUGGCACUAGAGAAAGAUAUUGUCGUAAAACACCUAGCUAUUGGAGAAUUGCCUAGGUCUGGACCGCCAAAUGUAUUACUAGACUUAUACGGCAUAUCUGCCAAACACAUUGUUCAAGCUGCACAAGAUUUGGUUAAAUCAUAAAAUUAUUUAAUUUUAUAAUUUUUAUCGAACUUUUGGUUUGUGUUUUUUUCGUUUUAUUGCUUUAAGGUUUAAUAUGUUUUGUUCAACCUACAUAAUUAUUUCUGUUGUAGAAAAUGUUGAUUAAUGAUGUAUGCGGUAUUUUAUAGUUUAUUUGAGUUGUAAUACUUUCAAAAAGGUAGUAAAAAUUUGUAUUAUUUAAUUCAAUAAAAAAAAUUUAGAAACA